GCAGAGACCAUCACAAGCACCGAAUCAACUAAAAGAAGAGGGAAGCGAAGUGUGGUGGAAAUGUAUAAGGUUGUGAUCAAGAAAGCUUUGGGAAAAAAUUUAAAGUGACAUACACCGACACGGGGAAUCCCAAUGGACGAGUACGACACACUUUGCAAUCAUAUAUAGGGAUGCUCGCGCGGAAAAUGGUGCCCAUUAACAUUGUAAGCUGGCCCGAAGUAGACGGUGAAUUGAAAGAUAAAAUUUGGAUCGACGUCCAGGAUACAUUCAAAGUGGCCCCUGAAAGCAAGAAAUUGGUGUUGACAUCUGCUGGCACUAAAUGGAGACAAUUCAAGACCAACUUAACAAAUAAGUAUGUGCUGCCAUACUUGGGAAAGAAGAAGAAAUUGAGAAAGCCACCAAAGCAGUAUGCAUUCGUUGGGUUGUUGCCAUGGAAGGAGUUUGUAAGUCAGAGGACUACAGAGGCAUGGCUGAAACUUCAUAAUGACCAAAGUAAACGAGUCAAGAAGAGAAAAUACCAUCAUAGAUUAUCAAGAAAGGGAUAUAUUGGACUAGAGGAGGAAUUGAAACAUUCUUGGCCUGAAGGAGAUGUUAUUGACCGUGCAAUUCUAUGGAAGAAGGCCCGUGUACUUAAAAAUGGGGAGAUAAGUGAGGAAGUGACACCGAUUGCAACAAAGAUAGAUGAAUUGAUGGAGAAGAAAAGGAAGGGUGAGCUAGAAAUUUCAGGGAGUAGUGAUGUAUUAUCUCAAGCACUAGAAACUCCUGAACAUUCGGGUAGGGUAAGGGGUGUUGGAGGCUUCGUAAAUCCGUCUACCUACUUUAAGCUUCCAAAGCAGAAAAGGGUGAGAACUACUAAGGCAGAAUUACUGGCACGUGAUAAAGAGCGUGAUCGGGAGCUGGAGGAGACAAAGAAAAUAAUUCUUGAAAAACAAGCAAAGGCAGAAGAGCUAUUAAAUAAAAGGAUUGCUCAAUUAGAAGCAUUGAUAACAGAAAAGGCAACCUAUACACCACAUUCCCCUAUAUCUGAUAAAGGCAGUUUCCAUGAUAAAGAAAAGAAAAGGCCAAUUAAUCUUGAUGUUGACAAUGUGCAAGAAAAUGUAGAUGAUUGUGAGAUUGUUCCUCCCCCUGCAGAUAUGGGUGGCACCUGCGAGUUGGCAGUGAAUACCAUCAGCAACAUAGUUGCUUUUGGUACCGUAUUUGAUGACGUGGAUAUUAACAAGAUGAUACAUGGAGCUCCAUUGAAGGAGGGGUGUGUUAGAGUGUCGGUGGAUGGUGAGAUUCAAGGCGAUGCACCACUACCUUUCCCUAUAAUGGGUGAGAUGGAAUUGGUUCGAGAAGCGGUUGGAAGUCACGUGGCUUGGCCUGAGGAGUUUGUUAUUCGAAGACAACCGGUGAAGAAAAAGAAAAGAAAUAUGGAUUUCGUCAAAUCAAUGUUCGAUAAAGUUGAGCUUUCUCCAAUGGUGCCCAAGCGCUGUAAGUUAUUGUACAAACAUGCCACAACAAUCAUGAAACAAACUAGUGAGGCAAUAACCACUGUGUUGGAUGACAAUAUCUUUGGCAUACACAAACAACUCUUCAUUUUGACUGAGAAUGUGAUUGAUCUCUUAGAAAUGAAAAAGAUUGGCCAAGGAGUGAUAGCAGCAUACAUGGUGUAA